CAGUGCCGUGCGGAGCUCCGCGGGCCGCGGGGGGGGGGUCCGGGCGGGGCUCUGCGGGCAAAGUCCUCCGCCAUGAGCGCGACGCGCUGUGGCCUCUCGGCCCUCCCCGUGCUGCCAGGGGAGGUGGUUCUGGAGGCAGCGCGGGAAGUGCGGCACCGCGGGGGGGGCGGCUCCGUGCGGGGCACUCUGCUCUGCACCAACGUCCGCGUGGCGUUCGUGCCCGGAGCGCAGCCCCCCAGCUUCAGCCCCUUUUUGCAGAGUGACUACAGCGUGGCACUGCGCUGCAUCCGCACACUGGUGGCAGGUAGGGGACAGGAUGGGGACACAGCCCUGACCCCAUCUGCAAUGACCCAGGGGGGGUUUGAUGGCCACCACCUCCCCCCUUUCUCAGCCAGCAGCUUCACCAAACCCACGGUGCUGACGGCCUCCUCCACCCUCACCUUCAUACCUGAGGAGCUGGCAGUUUUCUGCCAGGAUUUCCGUCUGCUGCGUUUCCACUUCCCAGAGAACGGGCUGGGGCUGCAGGCGUUCCGGGUGAGGGGAUGGAUGGCGUUUGAGGUGGCCAACGCCAUCGCUGAAGCACGGGAGACAGCCACCUGGCCAGGGGACAGCAGGAGCCACGUGGAUGCCACGAUGGGAGAUGAUGAGGAGGAAGGCUCCCCCCCCACGCUGCUCUUCGAGAGCCUCCAGGAUUGGGAGCGAGAGCUGCAGCGCCUGGGGGCAGUGGGCUGGAGGGUGAGCGCCGUCAAUGAGCGCUUUGAUAUGGCCGCCAGCCUUCCCCGCUACCUGUGGGUGCCGAGCACGCUGCUGGACCACGACCUCAAGCGAACGUUCGCCCACUUCCAAGAGCGCCGCGUGGCUCGGCUGUGCUGGCACCACCCGAAUGGCAGUGACCUGCUGAGAGCCGCUGGCUUCCACGCAGCCUCAGAGCCAGGCAGUGAGGACAUCAGGUGCCUGGAGGUGCUGCUGGGUGCUGGAUGCAGGCCAUGUGUGCUGGCUGACACCGCUGAGCUGCCCAGCCCCCCUGACAUCCAGCUGGCACACCUCAGGCUGCAGGCGCUGUGCCUGCCUGGUGCAGCAGCUGAUGAGAAGUGGCUGUCAGCGCUGGAAGGGACGCGGUGGCUGGAGCAUGUCCGAGCCUGCUUGAGAAAAGCUGUGGAGGUGGCAUCGCUGCUGGCAGGGAAAUGGUGCUCUGUUGUCCUGCAGGAGCCUUCAGACCGUGACCUGAGCUGCCUGCUGGCCUCACUGGUGCAGCUGCUGGCAGACCCCCAUGCACGCACCCUGCAUGGCUUCCAGAGCCUGGUGCAGCGUGAGUGGGUAGCAGCGGGGCACCCCUUCCCACAGCGCCUUGGCCUGUGCCGGGACAGCCCCCGUGAGGAGUCCCCUGUCUUCCUACUGUUCCUGGACUGUACCUGGCAGCUGCUGCGGCAGUUCCCAGCGGCGUUUGGCUUCACCGAGGCAUACCUGCUGGCCCUGCACGACAGCACCUUCCUGCCCUACUGCAGCACCUUCCUCUUCAGCUGCCAGAGGCAGCGGGGCCGUGGUGGGGUGCAGCAGCCUCGCACCCAGACCUACACCCCUGUGAGUGGCCGCUGGGACCCCUCCCCAGGCAGCUCCACAUGCCGUUUGCCUCCUGUCUGGGCCUGGGGGCUGCACUACAGCCGACAGCAGCAGGCACGAUUCUGGAACCCAGCAUGGGACGCCGGCCCCGUGGGGACCCCCGAUGCUGUGGACCCCCAGAACAAGGGCACACCUGCCAGUGCCUGGUCAGGAUCGAGCUCUGGGGCGGUGCUGUCUCUGUCCAAGGGCUCUCUGACCCCACAGCCCUUCCCAUGGCGGAGCGGCCGUCUCCCCCCUCGCCUGCUGCGCUGGGCCCCCUCCCUGGAGACCCUCAGUGAUCGGGGGGGUGACCGUAUUCCCACACCCCCCCGAGGGCUGCUGCUGCCCUGUGCUGCAGGACCUUCCGUGCGGCUCUGGCGACGCUGCUACCUGCGGGGUCUUCCUGAGGCACAGGUAAUGGGGCUGGGGGACUCUCAACCCCUUGUCUCCAUCCUAAUCCCACAUAGAUCCAUCCCAACCCCGUGUAUCCAUCCAACCCCACAUGUGACCAAUCCAGUCCCACAUUCAUCCAUCCCACCCCAGUGUGCAUCCAUCCCAACCCCAUGCAUCCAUUCCAACCCCAUGUACAUUCUUCCCAAUCCCACGUGUCCAUCUCACCCCCGUGAGUGUCCCUCCCAAUCCCAUGUUUGUCCAUCCAAUCCCAUGUGUGACCAUCCCAACCCCGUGUAUCCACCCAUCCCAAUCCCAUGUGCAUCCACCUCAACCCCACAUAACCAUCUGUUCGCAUCCCAUAUGUGUCCAUCCAACCCCAUGUUUCCACCUCAUCCCCAUGUGCAUUCAUCCCAACCCCAUAUGUGCCUAUCCAACCCCACAUGUCUACAUCCCAACCCUGCAGUGCCCCACCCUGACCCCACAUACCCCCCACAGCAUGGCCGCCUGGCCCCGUGCCCGGCUCUGCUGGUGGAGGAACUGGCACUGCUGCAGGACCGGCUCUGUGCAUGGCAGCAGGACAGGGCCCAUGCUGAGCCUGCCAGCAGCCCUCUGGCACCCUCACGGUGAGGGUCCUGGGGGGCUCUGGAGGUGGGAACAUACAGCAGGGAUGGACUCAUCCCUUGGGGUCCUUCCAGUCUGGGGGUUGUGGAGGGAUGCAGCCCCCCAGGUGCUGGCAAUGCUUCCCCAUACUGCUCAGCUGCUGCCUUUGGCUCUGCACUGGCGCCACAGCUUUUUGGGGCCUGGGAUUUUUGGGGGACCACCAUUUUUUGGGCCCAGGGGCUUUCUGGGGACCAUGGCUCUUUGGGGCCUGAGGAUUUUGGGGGCUUACAGCUUUUGGGGGUCCACGGCUCUUUAUUGCCUGCGUUUUUCUGGGCAGGCUGGGGCCUUUUGGGGACCACAGCUUUUUGGGGCCCGUGGUCUGUUAGUGCCUGGGGCUUUUGGGGGCUCCCAGUUCUUUGGGGCCUGUAGCUUUUUGAGCCCUGUGGCUUUUUGGAGCCCAGAACUUUAUGGGGCCCACAGCUCUAUGGGGCUUCAUCCCUCACUGGAGGCCCCACAGCAGCACUGGGGUUCCCCCCCUGCCACAGCUCAGAGGGGAUCAGCACCUUGGGGCGGUGGGGUUCUGACCCCUCCUCGGGCUGCGCCCACAGGAGCACAACGCAGGAGCCCCGGCCCCACGCCGCGGCUGGAGGGGGGUGGCUGGGCCGUGUGUCAGUGAUAUUUUUAUUUGCCUAUUAAAGCACAGCGUUCUGCAGGCAACGGUGUGUGGCUGCCAUUGGAGGAGCGUGCCGGGGGCCCCGACACCCGGGGGAUGUCGCGGUUUGUCGAGGGGCGGGGGUUAUCGCGA